AAACCAUUUUUGAUUUUUGAACGAAAGCUGGGCGCGUUUUCUACUGCAUGUUGUGUGAUGUAGACAUAGGUAGCUACAAGACAGAAAUUGAUAAGAAAUAAUAAUCAGUGAAUUUAUCACAUUAUGCUGUAAUUACAUAAAACGAUCAUAAUCGCUAACUUUGGGAUAACGUUAGAUCACUGACCGUUGUUGUUGAAGUUAGCCUAGCACAAUACAAUCCAGGAAAGAAUGGACUCCACUAUUGCCAGUGAUGUGAAUGGAUUCAAGACGCCCUGCAAACCAGACAGGGUGAAGAGCCUUCUCUCUGGUGGCACUGCCAGUCCUAGAACCCCCAUAACCAUCCCUGCCUCCCCUUUCAUGAAGAAACUGGGAUGUGGAACUGGGGUGAAUGUGUAUCUCAUGAACAGAGUUGGUAAACUGAACCUGUCUCCAUGGGCUGUCAAAAAGAUCAACAACAAAUGUGCCUCAAAGCAGGUGGGUGUCUACCAGAGACGACUCUGUGAUGAGGCAAAGAUCCUGAAAGGCCUGCAACACCCAAACAUUGUUGGAUUCCGUGCCUUCACUACUGCCAAUGAUGGCUCUAAGUGCCUGGCCAUGGAGUAUGGUGGGGAGCAGUCCCUGAAUGACCUGAUAGAGCGGAGAAGAGAGGAGGGCCUGAAGGCAUAUCCCGCUGCCACCAUUGAGAAAGUGGCCUUGCAUGUGGCGCGUGGCCUACAGUACCUUCACAACGAGAAGAAGCUACUACAUGGCGACAUGAAGUCUUGCAAUGUUGUCAUCAAGGGUGACUUUGAGACCGUCAAAAUCUGUGAUGUGGGAGUCUCCUUGCAGUUGGAUGAGAAUAUGAAAGUGAGUAACCCUAAAGCAGAGUAUGUUGGCACUGAGCCGUGGAAGCCCAAGGAGGCUCUGGAAGAGGGAGGCGUGAUCACGGACAAGGCAGACAUCUUUGCUUACGGACUGACCCUGUGGGAGAUGAUGACUCUGGCCAUGCCUCACCUGGAGAUGGAGAACAGUGAGGAGGAGGAUGACUCAAUGGACGAGGAUGACUUUGAUGAGGAUGCCUACUAUGAGAAGUUGGGCACCCGACCGGCGCUUGACUCUGACAGCCUUGGGGGAGCCUACCAGAGAAUGGUGGAGCUCUUCUGGCUCUGCACGGAGGAGAACCCACAGAAACGCCCCUCGGCUGCCCAAAUAGUUCAGGUUCUGGAGUCCAACAUGCAGGCGGACAACAAAAACAGUGAGGUCAUUGUCAUAGACUGAUCAGUUAGACUAGUCUCAUCUCAUGCAAGCCAUACUGUAAUGUUGACUGGACUUGUUUUCGUGUCCAGAAACCUUUCCUUUCCUGUUUGUCUUGACUCUUAUGUAUGCAAUAUCAUUGUAAUAUUCUGUCCUGUACUCUUCUCUUGUCAGGUGAAAUAUGUAGUAAAUCAAAUGUAUAUUUCAGUAAACUGUUAUGAAAUAAUUUAAGGAAGCAGCUUUUUUCUCAAGUUAUUCAAACCAGAGGCGACUAAUACUUGAGCCAUUUGUGUUCAUGUCAAAUUGAUGAGGGCAUACAUUGUGCUGCAUAAACUGAAUGUGUAAUGUAAAAUAGAUUAUGAAUGAAUUCUCAGCUAAAACAUUCAGGUUGUAAUUUCGGGAUGUUUCCCCAUGCAUCAUGCAUGUCAAUGAUCAUGCAAUUAAAUGAAUUUGCUUAGAUGCUCUGCCAUACUCAUCAUUAUUGUAACAGACUAGCCUGAUUGUUGAAAGGGUAUCUUCAUAUCAACUUCACUGUUUAUAUACACUGAACAAAAAUAAAGGCAACAUGUAAAG